AUGGAGGAAGUGGAGAAGAAACGGCCGAUUAUCUCUGCUAGAGAAAGAGGCCCAGGCCCUGGACGCUACAGCCUGCCCCCUACAGUUGGAUACAUCAACCAUGACUUCACCAAGCCCAGAAGUGCAGCAUAUACCUUCCACAGUCGUAUGAGCAGUGCCAUGGUCUCUGUAGACUCCAGUCCAGGACCGGGGUACCACAUUGACGCAAAUGUCACACGGUUUGGCCGCAUGGAAACGCCAUCUUACUCCAUUUUGGGCAGAGGAAGUCGUGCAAGGAAUGACUCAUUCCAGACUCCUGGACCCGGGGCCUACAGUCCAGAGAGGGCUCCACCGCUCAAUGGCCACCGCAGACCUCCAUCACACACUAUUGGAGCUCGAACCAGAUACCGCUCUGUGGAUGCUGUACCAGCACCCAACAGUUACAGUCUUCCUAAUGUUCUGGGACAUCAUAUUCCUCACAAACCUUCCAGUGCUAGCUACAGUUUCUCAAGUCGGAGAAAAGUUGGAGCUCCCGCUGAAGAUCUCGCUACAACUCCCGGACCAGGAAAGUACAACAGCACCAACCCAGACAUUUACCACAACCGUCAACCAUCCUUCACCAUGCAGGGCAGGACUAAGAGGCCUAUUUAUUCCUUUGCUAUUCCUGGCCCUGGCACCUACAGCCCGGAGAGAUUUCAGUUGCACCAUCCCAGACCGCCAUCCUUUACUCUGGGCAUCAGACACUCUGAGUUUGUCACCCCACUUGUGGUGAAUGUAAAUGACUGA